AUGUCGUGGAGAAGAUGUGAGGAUUUCCCGGAUCACCGAUGCUGUGCAUAUGCGCGGCACCUGCUCGGCCAUGCAAGUUACUGUAGCAAGGCCAAGAAUGCCGCGGGACGUGGAGGAAGAGACGAGGACGGGCCGUUUGGCUGGCAGAACGGCUGGCAAAACGGCUGGCAAAACGGCUGGCAAAACGGCUCGAGAAACGGCUCGAGAAACGGCUCGAGAAACGGCUGGCAAAACGGCUCGAGAAACGGCUGGCAAUACGGCUCGAGAAACGGCUGGCAAUACGGCUCGAGAAACGGCUCGAGAAACGGCUUAGCGAAUAUCUCGAGGAGAGUACAGACCCUGGCGCCAUAA